AUGCAGAAGAGAAAAUAAAAAAAUAAUAAUAACAAAAGCCAGCAGCCAAAUAAGCCAACCAAAAAUCCGAAAGAAGCCUCUCCUCUCUUUCUAUCUCUUUUAAAGGCUCUCUUUUUUUUCUCUUCUUUCUCUACAUUUCCUCUUGGUGUUCUCUUGGUGGUGGUGUUGUUUGUUCUUCUCUCUUUAUCGCCAAACUCAUCUUCACAGAUUCGUCCUCUUCUCGAUCCCCCAGGCCUCACCUUAACUGCAAUCAUGAGUGACGAGGGAGAAAAGACCUGCCCUCUUUGCGCGGAGGAGAUGGAUUUGACUGAUCAGCAGCUCAAACCUUGCAAAUGUGGUUACGAGAUAUGUGUUUGGUGUUGGCAUCACAUAAUUGAUAUGGCUGAGAAGGAUGAGACAGAGGGGAGGUGUCCAGCAUGUCGCAGCGCAUAUGAUAAAGAAAGGAUCGUAGGGAUGGCUGCUAAUUGUGAGAGGUUGGUCUCUGAAAUUAAUUUGGAGAGAAAAACUAAGUCACAGAAGGCAAAAAUGAAAUCAUCUGAAGGAAGGAAGCAACUGAGCAGUGUGCGAGUUAUUCAAAGGAAUCUUGUUUACAUAGUUGGAUUGCCACUUAAUCUGGCUGAUGAAGAUCUUCUCCAAAGGCGAGAAUAUUUUGGUCAAUAUGGGAAAGUUCUAAAAGUAUCUAUGUCUCGAACUGCAGCUGGUGUCAUUCAGCAAUUUCCAAACAAUACAUGUAGUGUAUAUAUUACUUUCUCAAAAGAAGAGGAAGCAAUUCGAUGUAUCCAGUCUGUACAUGGGUUUGUCUUGGAGGGUAGACCUUUAAAGGCAUGCUUUGGUACAACAAAAUAUUGUCAUGCAUGGCUGAGAAAUGUGCCUUGCAGCAAUCCUGAUUGUCUAUAUUUGCAUGAGAUUGGUUCUCAAGAGGAUAGUUUCACAAAAGAUGAGAUUAUAUCAGCAUACACAAGGAGUAGGGUUCAACAAAUAACUGGUGCAACAAAUAAUAUGCAACGGUGUGCUGGGAAUAUGUUACCUCCACCAGUGGAUGAUUAUUGCCCCACCAGCUCUGCUUCCGCAGCAAAACCCAUUGCUAAAAGUACUCCAAAUAAUACAACAGUGAGCAUUCCUAAAGGUUCUCCCCCGAAUGGAAGCCUUGGAAGAUCUAUUGCUCUUCCUGCUGGAGCAUCAUGGGGAAUGCGUGCCUUAAACAAGCCACAAUCGGCCGGUUUAGCAUGUUCAAAUGGACCUACUAAGCAGAAAUCUGAUACAGUUAGCAGCACAUUUCCAUUUUCAUCUGCAGUAACAAGCACAAAUCAAGCUUGUACAUUACAUGGUGAUGUUAUAAAGAAGUCAUCUGAGGAGAUUCAUGCUAUGCAUAUGAAGGGUAAAACUGAUUUGUUAAAACCUUUAAAGCAGGAUGCUGGUUUAGAUUGUCGAACUACUGCACUAGAGAAACCUGCUUCACCCGAUGGAGUUUCUGCUUCUAAAUCAUUGAGUAGCCAGUUAUCUUGUCCACCAGUAUCACAUUAUAAUGGCCAGGGCACUAAUAUACCAUCAAUUGUUACAAGCUCCACCUUUGACCAUGGUGGGCAGUCUUUAAUUUCCUCUAGUGAGAAAGCAGGGAGUAUUUCCUCUACUUAUGGUAAGAUACAGAGCUUGUGCUCUGAUAUGUCAACAUUGACCUUAGAUAGGAAUGUCUUAAAUGAACAUUCUGAUGUAGUUAGACCAAGCAGUUCAGCUUCUGAUCAUGGAUCAAGCAGUUCAACUAGUAGUCAGGGGUUGCAACAAUGUUUUACUGAGCACUGUAGAGAACCUUUGAGUGCAAGAGCCACUGGGAGAUCUGUGACAUCUCCCAAUGGCUUGUUUGUUUCAAAAGAGCAGUCUGAUUGGAGAACUGAUACACAAACUCAAACAGUGGCAAAUACAAGUUCUGAAGUAGAAGAAGAUAUAUUGUCUUUUGAUAAUCAAAGACUGAAGGAUCCAGAAGUCAUUAGCCGUUCAAGUUAUGUGCCAAAUUCACCAGUUUCACUCCAUUUAUCAAAUCAUUCUAGGUCCUGUUCAGUGCAACAUGGUGAGACUUUUGGCACUUCUAAUUUGAAUGCUGAUACUCUUUUUGUAGAUAAAGUUAGUGACAGUUUACGUCUUCAUGGAUCACUUCAUGGAUCUAGUAUUUCUUCUAUAUCAAAUGGAUACCCUGAGAAGUACAUAAGCAGUAGUAUUGGUUCUGAUAUUACUGCAAAAGGCUCCCUUCUGCUAUCAAAUGAAGGGAAAGGGAACCAGAUGGGAAGAUUCUUUGGUAAUGCCACAAAAGAAACAGGAGAGAGCAGCAUAAUUUCAAAUAUAUUGUCGCUAGAUUUUGAUACUUGGCAUGAGUCCCUAGCUUCACCGCAGAACUUGUCUAAGUUUUUGGGUGACACUGACAGGCAGCCCAAUUCUCUCAAAUUAUCUAGUUCCUGGAAAGCACCGAAUAACAAUCAGUCCAGAUUCUCAUUUGCGAGGCAGGAGGAUUCUAAGUAUCAUCCGUUUGAUGUUGAGUCCUCAUUUAGUGUUUUCAGGCAAAUGCCACAGAACCGCCCAUCUAGCCAAGAUUUUGCAGAAAACAGGGAUCUCUAUCUAAAUAAGUUUGGAGUUUCUAAUGGUUUUUCUUCCGGUAACUUUGAGGGAUCUGACAAUUUUACUAGCAGUCCUUCAGUUUUCUCUUCUAACAAGCUUUCUGUUUCAAGAGCUCAAAUUUCUGCCCCUCCUGGAUUCUCUGUUCCUAGCAGGUCACCACCUCCUGGCUUUUCUUCUCAUGAGAGAAUAGACCAUGGUUUUGACUCCACAUCUGGAAAUCAUUUGAUGGACCCUUCAUCCCUGUUAAGAAAUUCUUAUCAGGCUCCGGCAAGUGGGGGUAAUGGUGGCCCUGGGGAUAUAGAAUUUAUGGAUCCAGCAAUUUUGGCAGUUGGCAGGGGUAGACUUCAGGGAGGGCUCAACAAUUCAGGCUUAGACAUGAGAUCAAAUUUUCCACCACAGUUAGGUCCCUAUGAAAAUGAGGCCAGAUUUCAACUAUUGAUGCAGAGAUCUCUUUCUCCUCAUCAGAACCUAAGAUAUGAUGUUGGGGGUAACUUUUCUUCUCUUAAUGAAUCUUAUGGAAUUUCUUCAAGGCUAAUGGAUCAAUCACGAGGGAACAAUAUGUCCCCAUUUGGACAGUUGCCUCUCCAACAGUCAAGAAAUUCACAUAUGUCAAAUGGUCAUUGGGAUGGAUGGGAUGAGGUCCAGGAUGGAAAUGGUCUUGGUGUUGCAGAGUUCCUCAGAAAUGAGAGACUGGGAUUUAACAAGUUUUAUUCCGGUUAUGAGGAUUCAAAGUACAGGAUGCCUAAUUCGGGUGAUCUGUAUAACAGAACAUUUGGAAUGUGAUCUAUGCUAAGAAGUCGAAUGAUUUUGUGCAAUCUUAGUUGCGUGUUGAGGAUGGAUUGUUGACUUGUAAGUUGUCUCCUUGGGCAGCCUCAUGAAGGAUCAAACUCCCGAAAAAUUUAGCCAAAAGUUGGUGUCUUCAAAUGUGCAAGGUUAAGUGAGAUUCUGCUUCUGAUAAAAUGAUCUAAAAUUAACUAGCCUCUCCUGAUGCUGAAUGUUUUGCUACUAAUGACCUCUGACAACUAAAUAGAGAUAUGAAUUGUGGAAUCCAGUUCUAGUCUUUUUUUUCUGUUUUUGGGGCGUGCUAUACUCCUACAGAGCGUUAACAUCUUCAGAUAUUAAUUAAUUUAAUUAUUUAAUUAGAGUUAGUAUGAUGUGUUUCA